UGUAAACGCGCCAUUCAUAUUACUCUCUCACAUGGACCAGUACAAUAUCUUCAAUUAAUUAUUCUCCAUUGAUAUCAAAGAAUUUCGUAGAGAUAAAAUUGGUUAGAAUUUCAUAACCCUGAACUUCAACUACCAUGCAUGAUGAUCAGCAGAAAUCUAGUACUGUUCUUAGCUUGCUUCCUUCUCACCACAUUCAUCAGCUUCCAUGUCUGCAAUUCUGUGGAUCCUCGUUUAGUUUUCUGCCCCAAGGAAGCCAUUUUCGACAAUAGUACUGCUACUGGCAGGACUUACAAAAUCAACCUGGAAUCCCUCCUUUCCGAUUUAGUUUCAAAUGCUUCCCGACCAAGUGGCUUCUACAAUUCCACAGCUGGUGUCGGCUCGCCGGCAGCCCUCUACGGCCUAUUCCUCUGUCGGGGCGACGUUAAUCCCAGCGAUUGUCAAGAUUGCUUGACAAACGCCCAGGUUAAUGUUUUCGCCAUUUGCCCGGAUACAAACCAGGCGAUUUUCUGGUAUGACAAUUGUAUGUUGCGAUACUCAAAUCAAUCAAUCUUCUCCAGGUUGGAUACGGGAAUUGUCGGGUAUUUAUGGAACCCGAAUAAUGUGACCAACACAUUCUUGUUGAACCAGGUGUUAGGUGACACCUUUAAUCAGAUAGCCACCAAGGCCGCAGAAGGUGAUCCGAUUUCGGGGAAGAAAUUUGCGGUUCAAGUGGCCAAAUUAAUGUCGUUCCAGAGAAUAUACGCACUGGGACAAUGUACUCCUGAUAUUUCAAGUUUGGAUUGUGAAGGGUGUCUAACCAGUGCUAUUCAGAAACUUCCCAACUGCUGUAAUAAUCGUCAGGGAGGCAGAGUUCUUUUUCCCAGCUGUAAUAUCCGGUACGAGAGCACUCCAUUUUACCAAGUUGUUCCAUCCCCUCCCCCGGCACAGCCGCCCGCACUCACCCCUCCUCCUCCUCCUCCUUCUCCUUCUGCUCCGGGUCCGGCUAUUGCAAGCUCUAAAAAAGAUAAUAAAGGAGUCUCAACCGUGACAAUCGCGGUCAUUGUUGUCCCGAUUACUUCCAUACUUGCGUUGCUGGUGGUUUUCUUCUUAGUUAGGAGGAGCAAAAAGAGACAAAAAAUCAUAAAUGAAACAUCAGGUAUAAGCAGCAUAGCAAGUCAUAAAGAAUCCUUGGAUUAUAAUUUUGGCCAAAUUCUGGCUUGUACAAACAACUUUGCGAUUCAAAACAGGAUUGGUGAAGGUGGAUUUGGUCCAGUAUAUAAGGGUACACUUCCAAAUGGGCAAGCAGUAGCAGUGAAGAGAUUGUCUAGAGGCUCAUCACAAGGUACAGAAGAGUUCAUUAAUGAAAUUGCACUUGUUGCCAAACUUCAACACAGGAAUCUGGUUCAACUAUUAGGCUACUGUUUGGAAGGAGAAGAAAAGCUACUCAUUUAUGAAUAUGUUCCUAAUAGAAGUCUGGACUUCUUCCUAUUUGAUCAAAAGAAACAAUCUUUGUUAAAUUGGUCUACACGAUACAAGAUUAUAGCAGGAACGGCAAGAGGUCUUCUCUAUCUUCAUGAAGAUUCUCGCCUUAAGAUCAUACAUCGUGAUCUUAAAGCAAGCAAUGUAUUACUGGACCAAAAUAUGAACCCAAAGAUUGCAGAUUUUGGUUUGGCCAGACUUUUCGAAGUUGAUCAAUCUGAAGCCAACACGAACAAAAUUGCUGGAACAUAUGGCUAUAUGGCUCCUGAAUACGCGUUGCACGGCAUUUUCUCAGUCAAGUCAGAUGUAUUCAGUUUCGGUGUGUUAGUUUUGGAGAUCAUAAGUGGCAAGAAGAACAGCAAAUUCUUACAAUCACAUGUUGAUCAUGAUCUCUUAAGUUAUUGUUGGAGACUUUGGAGAGACGGAACACCAUUAGCAUUGCUUGAUCCGAGCAUAAGAGACUCCUACAACAAAAUGGAAGUGAUUCAAUGCAUUCACAUUGGUUUACUAUGUGUUCAAGAAGAUGUUGAAUUAAGACCUACCAUGGCCUCAGUAGUACUGAUGCUGAAUAGUUAUUCUGUUACGCUUCCAACUCCAAAUCCUCCGGCAGUAUUUGGUCCAAGUAUGCCACAGGUUGCACAGUCGUAUCGAUCAUCCACCGUUGAGCUAUCAUAGAUGGAAUCCUCAAGAAAUGAAGGCUCUGUCACUGAACUUAAUUUAUCCUGGAUGAAAGCACUACAAGUGCCAAUCAUGUCUUGUUUGAUUGUUUGAUGUUUCGCGGAUGGAUAUGUGGUUUAGAAUCUUGAAUUUUCCCAACGGCUGUUAACAUAUUAUUCUUGUGUUUCUCUCCUUCCCCCUCCCCCAAGUAUUGUAAAUAUGUCGUUUCCGAUUGGUCUCUAUAGUGGUGUAUUAGCCUAGCAAAUUACAACCCAUAGAUCAAAGAGAAAGGAACCAAAGAAUGGAUUGAUUGGUCGAUUUUGGACUGUCGAUAAUCCUUUUAAGAUGUCUAUUUGGAACCUUUGGAUAAAUUCUGAAUUUUGGACUGAUGAUUGUUUCCCUCAUUCGACCGAAUAUCGAUUUGGUUGGUAUUAAAAAAUUAUUACUUUAUAGAAUAAUAAAAUCCAUAUUCCCAAACAUCAAAUGCACAUUAAAAAAAAAAAAAUGGAAUCUGUACAAUAAUACAAUUAUCAUUACUUUAAAAUUACUUUUUCAUUUCCCAAGUUAGAAGAAUUCGCAAUAACUUUAAUACUUUCACACCAUACAGAAGUGGACUUCUUUCUAUUCAUAAAGAAACUCGGGUUAAAAUCUUAAAUUAGCG